GCUGGGCAGGAUCCGCCGCGCCGGCUGCGGCCGGCCGGACUGGGAGACCCGCGAAGGGGGAGAAGGUGAGGGGACUCGGCGGGCCGCUCCGCACCGACUGGGAAAUGAACGCUUGGAACUCUGUCUGCGAGCGGACCCAUGAUCCAAGGACCGAAAGAGCCGCGUGAUCGCCAGAGCUGGCCCUGCGACCCGAGACAUGGGCCAGACCUCGGUCUCCACGCUGUCCCCGCAGCCCAGCAGCGUUGAUGGACUGGACAAAGCUUCUGUAGCAAACUCAGAUGGCCCAACAGCAGGCUCCCAAACACCUCCCUUCAAGAGAAAGGGGAAACUCUCCACCAUUGGUAAAAUUUUUAAACCUUGGAAAUGGAGGAAAAAGAAGACGAGUGACAAAUUCAGAGAAACAUCAGCAGUAUUAGAAAGGAAGAUUUCUACAAGACAAAGUAGAGAGGAGCUGAUAAGAAGGGGAGUUCUUAAGGAAUUGCCUGAUCAAGAUGGAGAUGUAACAGUUAACUUUGAAAAUUCAAACGGGCACAUGAUACCCGUCGGAGAGGAAUCUACCCGAGAGGAAAAUGUAGUAAGAUCUGAAGAAGGUAAUGGCUCUGUAGCUGAAAAAGCACCACCUCUGGAGGAAAAGGCAGAAGAUAAGAAAGAGAUCACUGAGAACCACUCUGAAACACCGGCAACUCCUGCUCCACCUCCUGCAGCUCUUCCUAAGCCUAAACCCAAACCUAAGCCCAAAAAAACACCUGUGCCUCCAAAAGGGGCCGCUGCCGGGGCCAGCCCCAAGGGUGACGAAGUGCCUCCUAUUAAAAAAAACACCAAGGCGCCUGGUAAGCAGGUCCCCGUCCCACCACCCAAGCCAGCAAGCCGCAAUGCAACCCGAGAGGCCGCUGGUUCCUCUCAUUCAAGAAAAACAACUGGCUCCAAAGCAUCAGCUUCACCAUCUACUUCCUCCACCUCAUCUCGUCUCAAAGCCUCCAAGGAGACAGUUUCUAGCAAAAUGGGGACAGUGGGAAUCACAAAGGGCAAGAAAAAAACUGGCAAGCAGCCACUGUCUCGACUGUCCUCAGAGGCAACCACUUCUGGCACAUCUGACCUUAAAGGGGAGUCUUCGGAGACCAGGGUGGAGAGUCUCACACCCAAGCAGACUGUCCCUGGGGCCGAGGAGCAGACCACAGGCAAACCCAAGUCUGCAGUCCCUCCGGCCCCGGUGACUCCACCGCCUCCCACGCCCGCCCCUUCUCUCCCCCUGGAGGAGCGGAGCACUGUUGGCUCAGAGACCCCUGUCGUCCUGAUCAGCAGUGGAGCCGACCUCCCUGCCUUAGAUCCAGGUCAGCUUCUCUGCACUGAAGAGGCGACAGACAGAACCACUUUCCACUCAGGCACUGGCACAAGUGUUAGCAGAGAAAAUGCAAAAUGCUUCACAACCAAAGACGAGCUGGGGAAGGCAGCGCCUCAGCUCCUGACUCCUGGGCUGAUGGGAGAGUCUUCAGAGUCCUUCAGUGCCUCAGAGGACGAAGGCCAAAGGGAAUACCAGGCCAAUGACUCCGACUCUGAUGGACCUAUCUUGUACACCGAUGACGAUGACGAUGAAGAGGAUGAGGACGAGGACGGCAGUGGAGAAAGUGCUUUGGCAAGCAAGAUACGACGAAGGGACACUCUUGCUAUCAAACUUGGCAACAGACCAUCUAAGAAGGAAUUAGAGGACAAAAACAUCUUGCAGCGCACAUCUGAAGAAGAGAGGCAGGAAAUCCGACAGCAGAUUGGAACCAAGCUCGUCAGGAGACUUAGCCAGAGGCCCACCACUGAAGAAUUAGAACAGAGAAAUAUCCUGAAGCAAAAGAAUGAAGAAGAGGAGCAAGAAGCAAAAAUGGAACUUAAACGCAGACUCAGCAGAAAGCUCAGCCUGAGACCCACAGUGGCAGAGCUGCAAGCUCGAAGGAUCCUGCGGUUUAACGAGUAUGUGGAAGUGACCGAUUCACCCGACUAUGAUCGCCGGGCAGACAAGCCCUGGGCCAGGUUAACACCUGCAGACAAGGCAGCGAUAAGGAAAGAACUAAAUGAAUUUAAAAGCACAGAAAUGGAAGUUCAUGAAGAGAGUCGACAGUUUACCAGGUUUCAUCGUCCAUAAUGAAGCAUGAGACUCUUGGGAAACAGACUGAUCAUCUUGGGCGGAAGCCUCACUUCCUGAAAACCUGAUAUUGCACUGGGAUUUGAUUGUGUGUGUUUCUGUUUAACUUGUGGUGAAGGACGUGUGUGGAAAUUGCUCCCUACUUGUGCAGCCCGGAUGGGCCAACAAGCAAAGGGGAUAGUUCAGCGACCCUGCUGUCCAGCGACCCUGCUGUCCAGCAUGUGGUCUGAUGGUAAGGGACACCAUGUUUACACCAGUUAUUCUUCAUCAGGAGUUUUAAUCAAAGAAGAUGAGCAGAAGACAAUCGCUGUUGCCAGAAAGCCACCUUUGAGAGUGUGGGUUAAAGAAUGGGGAAUGGAAUUUCUGAGCACUGGAAAGGGUUGUGAGGGGCGAAGGGGGGAGGGCGGUGAAAAUCAGAAAGCAAAAGAAAUACUUCAUUACGUUAAUGAAAAAAGGAAAUAGAAGCAUAAAUGUAUUUUUGAAGAGGCUUUGGGUAAUUGAGAACUUAUUAAGGAGUUUGGGAGUUUAAUCAUUCAAUGUGGAUUUCUUAGACCUGAUCCUAGAAAAAUAUUCUUGUUUCACCAUUAUAUUGGUACAGCGUAGUACCAUUAUUUUCUUGUCAUUGUGCCAGUGAAUCCAGUUGCCAGAAAUAAGUCUGAGUGUUUUCAUGUAUCUUUUUCUUAAAUGCAAGAGGCUUUUACUGACUCUUAAUAAGCAUGCUUACCCAAAUUUUGUUGCAUGCUUCAAGUAGCAUAGCUAUACACACUUUACAUUCUUUUAAAUACUCCUUACCUAACAUACCAAUCUUCCACAAGGAUAACAGGACUGGGAAUAAAGAGGUAAUGCGACCCUAUAAAUCUGUAGCAAGCUUUAGAAAUGAAUCUUUUGGUCUUUCCCUAGCUUAAUUAUCUUAAUUAUCUCCAAAGUUGAAACAGUCCUACUUGAUUUAAGGAAGAUACUAUCUGCAAUCAUGGCACCUUUUAAAAAAGUCUGAAUCCAAAGUUAAACUUAAGCAAAAUACAGGUGUUCUGCCAGCAGUUGGCUCUGAAUGGGAACGGAAAGAACUACUUAGUUUUCAUGCUGCAUUAAGUUGGAUUGCUGCUAUUAAAAAAAAUAAAGCACAUGGAUUAAAAAAAAAAAAAACUCACCCAAAGGCUUAAAAGAACAGAAAAUUUCUGCUAAGUUGUUAAGUAAGGAGAACUUCAUUUGGUAUUUUAAGAGUCUGCAAAUUGCAUCCAUAAAUACAGAACUGACUUUCAGUACAAAAGUGAAUUAAAGUUACGAAAGAUUUCCCCAUGAGCCUACAGUCAAUAUUGUUUACAUUAAGAAGCCAUUACUGUCAUCUUGCUAUUUUCCAUGGGCAUAGCGUGGCUUCCGCUCCCAAGUACCUAUGACCACGUGUAAAUACUACCUUGCAUCUAAUUGUUCUUUCACAAUUAUUUUGUGCCCCUUUUAUUAAAAACACAUGUGAUGUAGACCAACACAACAAGACCUAAAGAGACUAUUUUAUUCUCAGAGUUUGGACUAGGAUUUUCUGAAGUAAUUCUGGUUCAUUGUAUGGAAAACUGUAAUUUUCUAUUUCAACCAAAAGCAGACAUUUAAUCUAAUGGGUAAAUUUGGGUCCUGCCAUUCAUUUAUAUUUUAAAGAACCACUUAAAAUUGGAUUUAUAAGAAAUAAAAAAUGUCGUCCCACUUGGCCUAUUACAAAAAAGCCAGGACCAUUUUAUAACUAAGAAAAGUAGAUGGCAUCGUUGCCUCUCUUGCUGUACACAGCUGUGUGCAUUAAUACAAUAAACCUAGAAUUUUGCACUAUUGUCAUUUCUUUGAUAGAAUAACUUAUUUUUGCUUUGAAAAAAUUUUUCUGCAUGCCCUAGUGUCUUUAAUCUGGUUGAAAUUUUGUUCAUUUCAUAGUGUUUAAAUCCAGCCAUAGAUACUAACUAUGUUCCAGGUUUUUUUGCUGAAGUCAUGUUUUUCCUUUUGGUAUUGUUUUAUUGUCAUUUUAGUGUCUUAGGAAAAAUACCAAGGCAUGUAAUGUUAUUUUAAUUUUCUAUACUUAUAAUCUCAGAACAUUGUUUUAAUUUCUAGUCACAAGGCUCCUAUAAAAAUGGCAAAUAUAAGACAUUUAUCACUGAUUUGUCACUCAAGAUGCAUGUCAUAGAAAGUCUCUAUUUGGUUGAUAAAAGGAACAAUCUUUUUCCCCCUAGCAGUACAUGUGAUAUAAUUUUUAAUUCCCUAUAGUGAGAUGCACUUAGUACAAAAAAUAAGACUCUGAAAAGGAAAAUGAGAUUCUGGGUCCUCAAUAUAUUGUUUUCUUGCUAUGAUAUGCCAGAUUUAUGAACUGCCCACACUUUCUUUUCUACUGAUUGAUGUGUCUAGGGAAAAGUUUUAAACUUAACUUUUUUUUUUUAAGAAAAUUAAAAAAAAAAAUUAACCACUACUAGUUUAAGAAUUGGAACCAUGAAUUAUUUCAUUGGAAUGAUCCUUUAAAUAAAAAGAAUGAAAGGAUUAUGAGCUAAGCUACAUUCACAGAAUGAAGCUCUGUUUUAAUAGCUAAUUUUAAAAGGCAGAAACACUGCAUAUCCAUAUCAGCAGCCCAUCCAGAGGUCUCUUGCAAAGCAGCUCUGAAAGGAUACGAGGAUGUGGACCAGCCGCCAUAGAAUUAUGUAUCUGCCUAGUGCCAGCAUUUCUGCAAUCCAGCCAGUAAGCUGCGGUUCUGUAAAAAUAAAUGUGUGUGUGAGUUGGGUUCUUCCAGUACAAAAUCAGGGUUUUUGCUAUUUAAUGUGCGACAUUAGGCUGACACAGAAGUAAGUGGUUUUUCUGAGUCCCUAAGAUAUGAUUAAGGAAGAAAAACAAGUCCCAUCUCCAGAAAAGUUCAGGCACGAAAGAACUAGACAGACUAGUUUGAUUUUGUAAAAACCAAAGUCAUUUCCAUAUUUUUUAAAAUGGAGAAAAAGAACCUUAACGUUAAGGUAAUACGAAGAUGCCAUGAGCUUUAGCAUUAUCUUCAUGUUAUGACAAAAUUAGUUCUCUGAUGAUUAGCAUUAAUUUUAGGCAGCCUUGCCUGAUAAUUUCCUAUAUGUGUGAAAUAGCUUGCAUUUUUUUUGUUGUUGUUCAAUAUAGUUUACCUUUAUGAUAAUUCCUAAAAUUAAAUCUAUAGUAGAGAACUAGUUUGGGUAUUUGAACAGCUGUUUCAAAUUGAGGGGGAAAAAACACAUUCUAUCUGAUUUAUCCAGAAAAGUUGACUUUCUGCUUUCAUUUUCAUGUCCUGUAUUAGCAUAUUGAUUGUAAUCAUUUACCUUUCUCUUACGUUAGUAAAUAUAUUGUGUUGGGAGAAACUUCUGAAAUGUCAGUGAAAAUCUUUUUAAGGAAAUAGAGGAAUUAAAUACACUCCUUAAUAAUCAUCAAAUAUUGAAAAUGAGAGACAAGUCCUUAAAACUCAUAACUCAAGUUUUACAACCUGCAAUUAAUUCAGUGCUGCAUUGGCACUUAAAAAAAAAUACAAUAGCUUACACCUAAAAUAGAAAAAUCUGCACUAACACUGCAUAUCCUAAUGUGUACCACAUUUUAACACAAAACAGGCAUUGUAUUUAUCCUUAAUAGAAUCAGACACAACUGUCAGAAAUUAUACUGCAUUCACAAUAGAAAAAAGCAACCUUGUCUAUCACAUAACAGUGUCUCCACAUUUAAACAGUGACAGCUCUUCAGAAGUGUCAGAAUACUUCUUUAAGUGGUUCCAGCAGCACAUUUUACACCUAAUGAGAAAUCUUCAAAGGAUGUAAGAUGGAAUCAAGCUAGUAUAAGACAUAUAAAUUUAUGUCAUUUCAUCAGUAUGGUAGCCUUAAACAUUCCUAGAUACAAUCAUAUUAUGAAGCCUAACCUUACUAAUGAAAGUAUAUAUAUUUUGAGACAAGAAUUAAUUUCUUCACAUGGUUAGAGAAUGUUACAAGCACUAAGGCACCACUAAGAUAACGACUUAUUUACAAAAUAUUCCCGUGGCCACUUGAACUGGCUAGUUCCACUGUUGCGUGUCUAAGUGUCUGUCACAGUAUUUCACUUGCCAAAGCAGAAUGAACUUUUCCAGCUGAACUAUUUCCUAGAGGAGAAUGCAACAGCAAAAGUAGUUAUCAAGUUAAUAGGACCAUCUUUCUGAGGAGAAAGCACAUCUCCAGAUAGAAGACACCGAAUUUUCGAAGAGCAGCCUGAGGCGCUAUUAUAAUUUGUUAGUGAUCAAAGGGUGGUAAAAGUAGGGUGGAAUACUCCCAAACCGUUCUCAUUUUCACUUUCCGUUUACUUUUUGUAACCAUUAAGCUUAAACUCUUUGUGGAAAUGGCAAACCACCAUUAGCAUUUCUAGAAAACAACCCCAAAAUAGCUCACUUAUGCUUUUUUGAAGACAGGGUCAUCCCAAAUUAAGAAACCCUAUUGUAUACACUGUAAGAUUUCUGGCGUAAAACAAAAAGAGAAAGAGAGAAUCCUAUAGCAGCUAUUCGCACUGGAAGCCAGCCCUCUAGGCAAGGGUCAUUUUUUAGCCAUGCUAGGAUUUACUACAGAAACAAUGCCAUUUAGCUGGCAGAGCGGUGCACGUAAGCAGAGCACUCCAUCCGUGCCUCUCAGUGGGGCUAGUGCUGGCAUUUGAGCUGGGCAAUUCUUUGUUAUACAGAAAUGUCUCACGUGUUGCAAGAUGUUUACUCUCCCAGGCCCUGGCUGGCUAAAUGCCAGUAGGAUGCCCAACUGUUAUAAAUACUAAAAGUAAAAAGCCCUCCCCUGUGUUCAAAUGCCCUCCUGAGAGGGCAGUGCCACCUCCCUUAAAUACCGCUGACUACUGCAAUUUGAGGACACAGGAAAAAGUGUCUAUCUCAAAACCUCAUCUCGACUGCCUUGCAUUUCUUUGGGCUCUGAAUCAUUUCUUCCUCUGUCAUUUUUCUUGCCUUCCGCAUCUAGUUCUUCUGAUGGCAGCUUUAGUUUUCCAUUUCUCCAUGGAGGAGGUUACUGGGUAGCUCGGCAGUUCCAACAGGCAUCAUCACUUGGUUAGUCCCUGUAUGCAAAGGACAGAGUUCACGUGAAACACACUUUUUUUUUGCCUCACAAUUUGACUUCACAACUACACUGUUAGUCGUAGCCCUAGACAGUGUCAUGAGGAUCAUUGCAUGGCUUAACCACAAACACGACUGCUAACUGUCCACACAUAAGCAAAACUGGUGGUCUAUGAAAAUCACCAUUAGGUUUCGCCUAGUAAACUGCAUCCCAUGAGUUCCUAAACAAUCUCAUUUAUCCUGUUAAAGAAGCAUUUCAUCUACAUGCAAAUACUUGCAUUUCCCCUGCAGAGACUUUCAUGCAGUUCAACUUUUCUUAGAUUUGUGAAUACUAAAUUAUGAAGGAAAGAAGGGUGAGCUGUGGAUCGCAUGCAUAUUGUUCAUACUUCAAUGACGGUCAUUCAUAAAACCAGAUGAGUUUUACCUGGGUGAAAUAUUAUUAUCUUAACUAUACAUAAACAUACUUAUUCUCUUUGUAACUUUUUAUCAUCAAAAUUGAAUGAUAAAUGUGUCUUGAAAUGAUUUGGGUGAAUUGUGACUAAAGGGUCAAAUUAAGUUAGCCACUAUAAUUUUUUUUUCAAUGUUAAAAUUUCUAAAAUCUUUUUUGAAGCAGAGUAACUCAGUCAAUAAAAAUGGUUAUAUUGUGAACUUUAAGAUGGUGCUUAAGAAUUCUUGUUAAAUACCAAUUUUUUUUUUUUAAGAAUAAAUUGAAGGGAGUAAAUGAGGCAGAACGCCACUCCGCCCUCAGGUCAAUUUUGUGCUGUGUUAAAAUGCCAAUAACAUUUGUGCCACUUGCCAGUUUGGGGGGCUUUUCCCUUACUGGAUGUUUUGUUAUAGUUUGACUAUGUAUUACAUUGCUUACAGAGCUUCUACAUGAAGACGUCACCAUGGCAGUGCUAACUAGCAUUCAUAAACAACCUGAAUGAAUCUAGGGUCAAACCACUUUCAUCACUAAAAAUAUAGGCACUAGUUUUUAUUUUUAAAAAUAUUUCUUCUGUGGCUUAGAGAUGUGCCAAUGCGUUCACAACAUUCUGCACCAAUUUCACCAGAUUGAGUACCUACUAAAAAUUCACCCUAGUCAUUUUUUUUUUUCUAUGUAACAGUGAGGUUUAAAUAAAGAACUAUAUGCAUUCUUCUGUUAUUUCAAGCUUUGGUGAAAGUGAUAAGAAUGGUAAGCUGUGAUUGUUAUCAGGCUGACUGAUUUCUAAUUUCCAGUUAGUGAUCUUAUCCUACAUAUUACACAGGUAUAAUAUCUGUGACUGUAAAUAACUGGAACUGUAUACUGAUUAACAUGACAGUAUCUCUUUUUUGUGUGUUGUUCUGAAACCUGUACUGUAUUAUAGUAUGUGGGUAUAAAUAUCUACAAGUAUACACACAUAUAUAUAUGUAAUUCCACUAUUGUAACCUGAAAGAAAGACUAUGUAUUAUCUUUUUUAUUCCGUAUUGGUGUUUGUGUUAUUUAAAAAGCAAGAAUAUGCUCUGUGUAGUUGUAUGAUAUUAUAGUAUGCUUUGCCGUGCACAAUUCCAAGUGCCUUAGAACAUUGUUUAGCUUUCUUAAGUAUAUAUAAAUGCAUAUAUGUAUAAAAUUGGGAAAAGUUACCUCAAUAAAAUCAU